AUGCGGGAAUCCAUCCGAAAAAUUCAAAAUUCGUUUACAGAAUACCAACGACAGGGAAGUAACUGGACAUUGGAUAAGGUGAUUCAAAUCCAGAUACACUUUGCAAAAUAUAAACCCCUGAAAGGAUCCAGCUAUAUUCCCCUGCCAAUCAAACUGAGGUCUAAGCAUGCCAUCAUCAACGUUCAAAACAAGGACAAAAAAUGUUUCAUGUGGUCUAUUCUAGCUGCAUUACACCCAGUCAAACGAGAUUCCCAGCGUGUUACUAAAUACAUAGACCACCGCCACGAGUUGAACUUUGAUGGUAUUUCCUUCCCCGUCAAGGUAGCCGACAUCAAUAAGUUCGAAACACAGAACAAGAUCACUGUCAACGUCUUGGGAUAUGAGAAGGGGUCCUUAUUUCCAAUCCACGUGACCAAGCAGAGAUUUGACAGACACGUUGAUUUACUGCUGAUAACGGAUGGACGCAAGUCCCACUACUGUUGGAUCAAGAACGUGAAUGGGCUCCUGUAUGACCAAUAUUCCUACGGCCAUAGAUACUAUCACUGUAUGUAUUGCCUACAAGGUUUCACCAAAGGGCGCAUUCUCAAUGACCAUAUAUCAUACUGUCGGGAACAUAGGACACAGAAAGUCAAACUACCUACAGAAGAGGAUAAAUGGCUGUUCUAUAAGGAUGUAAGAAAGCAAUUGAAGGUGCCUUACAUCAUAUAUGCGGACUUCGAGUCGUUCCAAGUGCCGAUACAUAGAUGUGAGGUUGACCCAAACAAAUCACAUACAGAGAAGACCACACAACACGUACCAUCAAGUUUCGCUUACAAAGUCGUAGGGCUCACACAAACAACAUCUAAGGAACCUUUGGUCUACAGAGGACCGGAUGUUACAGAGAAGUUUGUAGAAUGUAUGCUGAGAGAACAGGAGGACAUAGAACAAAAAUUCAAAAACGUGAAGCCGAUGGUCAUGACCGGGAGAGAUUGGCAAGCCUUCAAGACGGCAAUCAGCUGUCACAUUUGUGGAAAGGAGUUAGGAGAUGACAGAGUGAGGGAUCACUGCCACGUGACAGGAGCGUUUAGAGGAGCAGCUCACAAUGAGUGCAACAUAAUGUUUUUCAAAUUUACUGGACGGAUUCCGGUCGUCUUCCACAAUCUGAGGGGUUACGAUUCCCAUCUAAUCAUGCAGGCAGUCGGAAAGGUGUCAGAUAAGGAAAUAAAAUGUAUACCUAACAACAUGGAGAAGUACAUUUCUUUCUCCAUAGGGUGUAUGGACUUUAUCGACAGCUUCCAGUUUAUGGGCACAUCACUAGAGAAACUGAUCGCAAAUUUAUCCGAGGAAGGGAAGGAUACAUUUGAACACAUGACACAACAUUUUGGUGAGGAGAAAAUCGAGCACCUUUUAAAAAAGCAGGUGUACCCCUAUGAUUAUUUUGAUGGUCCCCACAGAUUUCAAGAAACUGUAUUACCGCCAAAGGAAGCGUUUCGUAGCAGUCUGACGGGAGAGGACGUAUCAGAUGAAAAAUACGAUCACGCUCUCAAAGUCUGGAAACAACUCGGUAUACACAAUCUUGGUGAAUAUUCGGACCUGUAUGUCAUAACAGAUGUCCUGGGUCUUGCUGAUGUGUUUGAGAACUUCCGAAAUCUAUGUCUGGAAUCAUAUGGGCUCGAUGCAGCUCAUUUUUAUACCGCCCCUGGACUGGCAUGGCAAGCAGCGCUAAAAAUGACCGAUGUUAGACUCGAACUGCUCACCGACAUCGAUCAGCACUUAUUUAUCGAGAAAGGCUUGCGGGGAGGCAUAUCAAUGAUUAGUCAUCGGUUUGCUGAGGCCAACAAUCCAUACGUUCCCGGAUACGACAAAACAAAACCAACAGAUUACAUCACUUACUUAGACGCCAAUAACUUAUAUGGCUGGGCCAUGUCACAAUGCCUACCCACUCAUGACUUCGCAUGGCUUACCGAUACUGCAAAGUACACGCUUGAUAUCACAACAGUUCCCGAUGAUGCGAUAGAUGGAUAUAUAUUGGAAGUAGAUUUAGAGUAUCCUCCAGAACUCCACGACCUACACAACGAAUACCCACUGGCCCCAGAACGAGUAGCCGUGGGGAAAGACGAAUUGUCUGACUACAGCCAGACCUUAUGGCGUAAGCUGGCAGACUGUGGAAAGCCACAUGAUGAUGAAAAGCCACAUGACUGUUUGGAUCAUUACAAUUCAGCACAAAAACUCGUUCCAAAUCUUAGAAACAAGGAAAAAUAUGUCCUGCAUUAUAGGAACUUGAAACAAUAUUUUUCUUUUGGAAUGAAGCUCACAAAAGUCCACAGAGUGUUAACCUUCAAACAGUCUCCAUGGUUGAAGACGUAUAUUGAUUACAACACGGAGAAAAGGAAACAAUCUAGAAACUGUAUUUGA